CGCUCUUUGUUCUUUGUUCUCUUACAGACGCUGGAACAGUGAGUGAAUGUACUGAGUGAAAUUCAGGGUGAGCUCUGAGAUAUCCUAAUCACAAGACUUGGAAGAAACUAAGCUCACACAUCAAUGAUUCUGCAGUCAACAUCACAACCUGAAGCCUGCAACGUUUCCUUGCCUUUACCCCCCAGCUGGGGGCGCUGCCAUGCAAAUAAGUAAGGUUAACAUUUUCAAAGUGUGGUCAUUUCUUAAUCUAUUGGACCUCUUCUCAUCUACUGCUGCAUUUCUGUUAUUAAGUGCAACUCACUUACACGUACAUGUUUUAUUACAUCCAUUUUCGCAUUUCUUCCUAGAAAGGUUGAGGCAGCCAUGGCUGUCUGUAAUUUGAAAAUAUAAAAAUCAUCAAUCUGUGAGGCUGUGUUGAACUGUAUGCUGGUGUUCUGGGAUCUUCAUUCUCCAGAUAUACCAUCUCUUCAGUGGAGUCCAUCAAAUUUGGUUUCCUGUGGCAACAGGUACGACCUUUGGCCCUGCACGUGUCCAAUUCAAAUGCCAGUUCAGUGGACCAGAAAAGGCAAAACACCGAAAUGGUCCUGGCAUUUGCUGAAUUGCUUCUCUCCUUUUGUGGCGUCUCUCAUUCUCUGUAGUCAGAAUUGUUUGUGGCUAGAAAGGAAAGCGACUGAUGCAUCUUAGACAGACCCGUGGCCUUCUAUCGGCGGUUUCACACUGCAAACACACGUCACAUGUUUCUCCAUCCCUCUCCUCCAGCUGAAAGUUUGUCACUCAUCUCCUGCAGCCUCUCAGCGACUCGAGGCCAAGUGAGUCAGAGCCGCGCUGACCUGAGGAAAGCUGCUCAACUCAACUAGGCAAAGUGGAGGAGCAGAACCGAGAGGUGAAGGAAGGAUGUGAGUAGAGAGUCGGCUCAUAAUGGAGGGACAUGGUUUGGGGGUUUGACCCACAUGUCAGGAAACAAGACGUCUCCUAGGUGACAAAGUUAUGCGGAAAGUGGCAGAGGGUUGACAGGAAGGAAGAUGGAUGGCAACAAUAUGAGGCUGUGGGUUAAAAAUGGAACCUAAUGACUUGUCAGGCCUCAUGCUUGACCAUAAUGAGUGACCGCACAGUGUGUGCGCUGUGACAGACACUCACCGUGGCAGGAACAAGCGAGCGAAUCUGGAGAUGCACUCGACCCCCUGCCGAGCUCCUGUGCAGUUCCUGUUCUCUCUCUCUGACGUCGUGCCUCGUUUCUGCGUAGCAGCACCACUGACGCCUCCUCCCGGACCUUCCAGGAAGACAGAUGGACAUCAGCAGAUUAUAGAUGUCGCGCCACAGUGAUUAACACUCUCUGAAUUGACUCCUGGAGCUACUUUAUUUAUAUAUAAUUACCCGGCAUCGUCACCUGUGUGUAGAUACACCCGUCUGUCUGGAUAACAAGACUUGGACAACCUCAGAAACACUGAAGCCCAUCAGUAUUUUCCAACAUUGAAGUUCACUUGUGUACUUAUGGGUACUUUUUGAAAAAGCUCGUGUUGCUCACACAUUAUGGGACGACAGAGAUGUAAGGUCUGGCCCUUUAAUGAGAGCAGAACAGACACAUUAACCUUUUCAGAGGCUGUAGCCUGACUUGGUCUCAGCGCUGCUGAAGAGUCCCAGACUGCUGUAUCGAUCUCAUUAUUUUGUAAAAGGAAGUUGUUAACAGUGUGAGCCUUUGGAGUGUUAUGACAUUCAGAUAUUUCCCUGAAGAUACUGUCUCCAUUUUAAUGAUAUUUCUUUUUUUUCCCCAUUUAUCUUUUUCUAUUCAGGUAAUUUGUUAAUGGAAAGACCAAUAAUCAAUAAUUUUGAAGUUUACUGUAAUUAGUUUGUGGAGACAAGUUGGUUAUUACUUUCAUUUAUUUAAUUUUCCUGUGUGUUUUUGUUAUUUUUUAACAGGAUUACACAAAAACUGCUGAAUUACAUGGAGCACUGAUCUGGACAGAACCCAUUACAUUUUCUUCCCUCUAACAAUGUAACAUAAGACGGUUUUUAAUGUUACACACAGUAAUGGAAAUGAUUUUUGGGUGUUUUUAUUUGUAUAAACUACUGUGGAUCCAAAUAAAGAUUUCAAUCAGGCACAUUUUAAUGUCUGUCAUUAAACUGGCAGAUAAAUGAAUCUUGAGAUUAUUUGCUAAAAGCCAAAUGCUAGAUAUUUACAGAUCUCAGCUGAACCAAAUGAAUCUUUUAGAUGAUCAGAUCAGUCUUCCUGUUUUUCUUUUAUAUUUUCUUACCAUGAAAACUCACAAGUUACUCAGGAAGUAAAUGUUAGUACAUAUUACUCCUAAAUGUGGCGACUGAAAAGUAGUACUAUCGCUUUACAUUACUCGUUGUAUUACUAGAACAAGUCAUGUUUAUUAAUGAUACAUAUUUGUAAAAUAAUCAAAUCCAAAAUGUAAUUUUGGAACGUAAUCCAUCUUUGCUAUUUCUAACCAUUUCUGCGAGAUUUAACGCGAUUAUAAAGCUUUGAAACAUUAAAACACGUUUUGUGUGACAAAUGUUGGUGGGUGCUGAGUGAGCGAGCGCUCAAAUUUGUCCCUGCAGUCAAUGUGAUAAGUGGCUCUUUUCAAUUGUUGAUCGCAUCAGACAAUGACCUCUGGUCUGACCUCUGAAAGGAAGGUGUCUAAUUAUCUGCACUCAAAGCUCAAACAGCUGAUGUGGUUUGCAGGUUGGGCUUAUGCUGUCCUUGUGUCUCCAUCCUUGUCUCUUUGUCCUUGUGUCUCUGCCCUUGUAGGUUGAACCGUUUUUACCACCUGGUGAAGAUAGUGAAGCUCGCCUCUGUUUCAUGUGUCUGCACAUGAACAGUUUAUGUGGAAACACAUUGAUUCAGCCUUUGAGAGGUUUUUGGGAAACUGACGCAGACACACUUGACCACACUUUGCUGCCAGUGGGACAAUGUGGGUUCUGGAUAAGAUCCGUGGGUCGGUGGAGACUGGUAUGCUGAGACAGGGAGAGAAUGGAGACAAGAAAGUCAUCGCCCCGGCCUACAGUAACGUCCUCACUCCGGACAAGAUCCCAGACUUUUUCAUUCCUCCCAAGCUCAUCAGCUGCCCCCCAGAGCCCGAGGUUCCCAAUGUGAAACCCAAGGAAGGGCUGCAGCCGUCCACUUCAGAGCACACCAUCAGCAGUGGGAAGAAAAGCAGCAGCCAGAAAAGUCCUCGUCUGAUGGCCAAGAUUGCAGGAGACACAAAGAACUUGUUGAGAGCAGCAAACCGCCACAUCAUACAGAUCGAGAGUGCUGAUGAUGUCGUAGCUGGUGACACCAACGCAGACCCCCAGUCACAGACGGCUAUGUCCCUGCCGUAUGUUCCCAAGACUCAGACGUCAUACGGAUUUGCGACCUUGAAAGAAAGCCCGCACACUCGCCGAAAAGAAUCUCUGUUCCACUGUGAGCUGACCAGUCCCAUCACCUCCCCAAACACACAGAGGAAGACCCAGGGGAAAGGCGGCGACGCAGGAAACCACCUGAAUCCCGCCGACGUCAACACGUCUCACAUGAAUCCUUAUCGUUACUUCAGCGGUGGAGAAAGUGACACGUGCUCCUCAGCGGAGUCCUCACCCUUCAGCUCCCCUCUGCUCUCCCGCUCCGCGUCUCUGCUCAAGAUCUUCACCCAUGAGACACAAGCGAAAGUCGUGAAAGCCAAGCGGACGUUCGCUCGCCACAGCUCCCUCUCCACAGACGAGUGCAGCUCAGCCGAGCCCAGUCCCAACAUCCCGCGACGGCUCCACGUCCCUUCCUUUCACUAUGGUGCUGGCGCUUCCGACCACGGCCUCCACCAAGAGCACACCAUCAACCUGCACAAAGGCGGAGUGGUUAGGAUCAAUGCCAACUAUGACUCCAGCACUUCCCGCCUCCUGAUCCGCGUCCUGGCAACAGAGAGCCUAUACGACAAGCACUUUGACGUGAAGACCAUCAACUGCUGUGUGUCCGUCUACCUGAACCCGGGCAAGCAGCAGAAGCAAAGGAGCAACAUCAUCAAGAACAGCCGCAACCCGGUCUUCAACGAGGACUUCUUCUUUGACUCGAUCAGCUCGGUUCAGGUGAAGAAACUGUCGGUGAAGUUCAAGGUGGUGAACAAAGGCACCAGCCUGAAGAGGGACACGCUGCUGGGAGAGCGAGAGGUGCCACUAACAAAGCUGAUCCCCGGGCUUUAGAUCCACAUGACCUGGAGGUCAAAGCAACCAAAAACAAACGAUUUGGACUGGAUCAUAAAUUAGAUGUUUGCACUGGUUUCUCUAGGUUCUUCUCUUUUCUUUUUUUAUAAUCGUAGCUUAAGGGCAUAAAGGGAGACAAAGUGAUCCAAUGAAGACAGAGAUUUCUAGAAAGAGAGUCUCGAGUGAGAGACGUGAAAAAGCACCAAGUUUAAGAAAACGCAACAGAUGAAGGAUUUCUCGUGGUUCCUUCAACUGAGCUCUUUUUUUCUAGACACGUCUCCCCAACCAACGUCCUCAGUCAAGGCUGCUUCAAGGGUUGGACAGCACCUGUGCAUCAGCCUGUCCCGAUGUGCUUGUGUCUCAGUCUUAUUAUUGAGUGUAUGCAUGUUUUUUUUUUAUUAUUAUAAUGUGAUACAAAUCCACAACAGCACAGGACGGGGAGUCUACAUUAGCCGUGCUGUUGUGUGUUCAGCACAAAGAUGCCUUUGUGUGCCCGUGUGAGCUUUGAAGUGGCACUACAUCCUGAUGUGCAAAUGACCCUUUGAUCCCAGUUACCAUGGCCCACCUCGUGCAGGGGGAGGGAGGGCAAGGACAAACAGAGCAGUCACGAUAAUCACAAUUACAUGCUCGUGAAAGAUAUAUAGAUCAUAAUACAAUUGAUAAUGCAAAGCCUAUGGUUGCCAUGGUUGGAUCUUUACGUGUGUGUGUGUGUGUGCGGAUCUUGAAGGUGGAGCGGAUUAGUCUAUUAAAGUUUGGUCUAAAAACAUAUAGAGAAGGAAAUCUAAAGCUUAUUUUGAUAAGAUUCUUUCCUGCCUGUCACAAAGACAUAUCAACAAAGUCUGAAGAUUAUGUCUUAUAGUGGGGUAAUGCCUUAACCUUUGAAAAACAGUAAAAAUUAGAGAUACGAUACAUGUAAUUGAACAUAGAUCUUAGUGAGAUUUUGUCAUUAGCAUGUGGUUAAAAGUGACAUCGUAAAUAGCAUCAUGGUAAAAUUAUACGCACAAAAAGAUAAUAUUGUUUGGUUGAGGUAAUGUGGGUGUGUGAUAUUUCUGUUAUUCUAAAGUUAUAUCGACUUUUAUUGAGUCAAACGCUGCAUCUGGGAUGUUUGUCUGUAAAUUGCAGGUCCCCCAUUGAUUUUGUCUUACAUAUUGACGCUGUUUGUUUUCUCCUAUCACAACUUUUGGUGAUAUUUUAAAAUGUCCUUCAUUGUUUGGAUGGGUGUUCAUUUGUUUGCCGACUGCCUGCGUUGCUGUGUUAUCAUCACCAGCUGUCCAUUGGCAAAACAGCAUGAAACCAACAGCAGGAUGUGAGUAAAACCAACGCCAGAUUAUAAAAACUAUACGAGUCAAGCGAAACCUUAUGUAGAAACUAGCAUGGAUGUGGAGGAAGCAGGUCUUUUAUAUAUAUAUAUAUAUAUGUUUAUAUAUAUAUAUAUAUAUUGUUUUGUAUUACAUUUUUUCAGCGUUACUAAAUGAAAUCCGUCCAUUCAUGAAACCCAUGUGACAUUUGUGCAUGUGACAACAGAACUUCAUCCUCUAUUUAUGCAACUGGGCUGUUGCCUUAGUCACAAUGUUGGCGAUGGACAAAUACAGUACUUGUGUGCAUGUAAAUGUAAUAAACCUCUCACGAGGGAGGAACAGAGCAUGGUAGUGGACGUGCAGAGUAGCACAUGCAUGGCAUAUGUCAAUAACAUGCUGGUGUUCGCCAGACAAAAGUUUAAAUGAAACCCUAAAGCCUUACUGUGUACGUGUGUGUGUCUCAGAGAGACUCGUGUUUUGAUUAGCAUGACAUUUUGUCCAGAGUUUGUGUAAAAUACAAUGAAUUGUCUUGAAAUAAGUAUAAACGUGUGUUGGAUUUGUAAUGAAGGUAAUUUACACAUGUACUAUAGUUUCUGUUAUUGUCAGCGAAGUGCCAGUUAUGCACUUGUGAGUGAGAAGUGCUGGUGAGAGGCAUUUGAAUGAUGACUUUUCAACACUAAUGAAGCCCAGGGGACCGAGCAAGAAACCAUGUCAAGAAAGAAAAAAGGAAAAAAGGAAACAAUUCUCUGCCAAGAAGAGUAGCCCUUUCCUCAGAUAGUGUACUUUGUCCUCCUAAAGAAUCAGAAGAAGUUUAGUCUGUGUUUUCACAAAGACAAAGACACAAUUUCAAAAAAUUAAAUGUGUUUAAGGAAAGUGAAGGACACGCAGACAUUUCUGGAUCUAUUCAAAGGAUUGUGCGUGAUUUCAGCCUCGUGUCUGAGUCUAAGAGUGAUGCAAACGACAAACGGAGGUUUCGUACAAACUGCCCCAAAGCUUUGGCUUAAUUCUGGCAGGAUUAUUUCCCCCUGGUGUUUGUAGCAUACUGUACUUGUAGCACUGUUGUUGAUUUGCUCUGUGUUACUUUUUAUACAUGCAGGAACACUCUGAGGCUUAGUGUGUCGUAAUCCCUGCAUACCCGUGUGCAAACGUACAGUGCCUGCACGUAAACUUAUUGUGUUUUCUACCUGAACUUUCCUAAAUAGUACUCAACGCUGUUAUCGCCGAACCUUUUUGAGAGUUAUUAUAGCAUGACUUCAGUAGCAUCAGCACUAAAUGUCAGUGGGUUCUUAAUGUGCAGCGGUGGGACGCCUUGUUCUUUUUACACAAAUUGUCAGAGUUCUAAUUGUUUUGACAGUUUUCAUGUGAUUUAUCAUUUAGUGGAACUGAAAUACAGGGUGGAAGAGGACAAGCGGCUAUCUGUGCACACUGCAACUCCAGAUAAUUCAACAAAUUGUGCAUUUUGUUUAUUUCAUCCAUGAAAAAACAAACACAUUUUAUUCUUGAAUCAAGUGAACUCUCCAGGUCGUUUAUCUUCCUCUGUCACUUUCUGCUUAACCCUCUCCGCCUUCACUCAGUUUCACUUGAUCGUUUUGUUACAGUUUCUCAAACAAAAUCAGGACACUGAAGAAAUCCCAGCAUCGGCUUUUCGCGAUAUCAGAUCACGCAACCUGAAAUACAAGAAUUUGAGCUACUUGACUCACAUUGCCUUGCAUGACUGAUGCAAAACCCGCAUCUGCUCGAGUCCUCGCAAGUGGGAAUUCAUCAGAAUUCCUCCUCUUAAGGAUAAUGAAUGUGCCAAAUGUGAUGAUGCAAACCAAUCAGGGUUGUAUUACCUUUAUUUAAGUGACACAGGAAAUACCGUGAUUCAUUUCUCCAUUAUUUUUAUUGCAGUUGUUAUAUCCUGCACUCGGCUGUUUGAUAAGACACAGGGUGGAGAAGUUUGAGUGAACUGUCGGUGUUUGUGUGUGAGCGAGACUUAGAUUUUGCUUCUUUUUAAAAAAAUGUAAUAAAUAUACAUGUAUAUAUAUAUAUACUGUAUAUAAAUAUUCUGUCUCAAGUCUUCCUGUCUCGACAGGUUCUCUCUGGAAACUGAAGCUGCAAAUUGCCGGUCCGUUACUUGACACUGAAAUCUUAGUAUCUCUCCAGACAUGUAUGAACAUUUCCAUGUGCUGCGUGUUGUUCUUGUGUUUCUGGCGUAUGUACGUAGGUGCAUAUUUUACUUCUGUGAUGCUACAGCAGCCGACAGCUGCCCUGUGGUCACUGUGCUAAUGAGUGUGAAGUCGUUUAAUUAAAGGAAAAGUUCCACAGCA